CUUGGACUUCAGUGUUGUUGUGAGGUGUGGACUAACUAGUGUCCUUGCUGGUGGAGGUUUAGGGUGUGUCAGUGUAACUAGUAUCCUUGCUGGUGGAAGUUUAGGGUGUGUCAGUGUAACUAGUGUUCCUGCUGGUGGAGGUUUAGGGUGUGUCAGUGUAGGAGACGAGAGAAUGGACGUCGUGGCAGCCAUACUGUUGCUCACAGGCGCUGUGAUAAACGUCCCGGGCUCUGUGACGAGCGUCUCAGGCGCUGUGACUGGCAUCCCAGGCGCUGUGACGGGCGUCCCAGGCGCUGUGACUGGCAUCCCAGGCGCUGUGAUGGGCGUCUCAGGCGCUUUGACGGGUGUCCCAGGUGUUGUGACGGGCGUCCCAGGCGCUGUGACGGACGUCCCAGGGGCUGUUACGGACGUCCCAGGGGCUGUUACGGACGUCCCAGGGGCUGUUACGGACGUCCCAGGGGCUCUGACGGGCGUCAGAGCCCCAGAAGAAUGCCUGUGCCCAGAAGGGAGCAGCUCGGACGCCUCGUGCAGCUGCCCACCGCGGCUGAAGACAGACCAGCCAAUUGUGAUCACUCUGACCAACCUGAGCGGCACGAUCACGGCGCCAGAGGACCCCAGCGGGGACCACUACUACUGCACCAACUGCAGGGUCCUCUGGGUCCUCGACACGGGGGCCCCCAGCAACACCAUCACGCUCACCAUCCAGGACCUGUUCCUGGGGUACCCGGACGUCACCAUACCAGACGCUGACCUCAACAACUACACCACCGGUGACUUUCUGCUCGUCGGUGCAGGUAACGACAUCUUGCAAGGCAAUGAGCUCAUGUUCUUCGGACAUCGCCAGCAACCUCAGAAGGUGAUGAUACCAGCCGGUGUCGGCCACAUCUUCCUCUACUCCACAGUGAGCGCCGUCGACGCCAAGGGCUUCAAUAUCACCUACAACACCACAGUGGAGGUGACGACGGAGGCGCCGCCCUCCACCACCACUCGCGCCCCCAACAUACCGGAGACAUACGUGGCCAUCAACGGCAUCCCGCUCACCGACUGGCAGAGCUACAACGAGUCCUUCAAGAAGAACAUUGCCAUCAUGUCCAACGGCUACCUCCGCCAGCACGACUUUCCAGAUGACGUUGUUGUUAGGUGA